AGUUCUAUAAAGGAGGGGCUGCUUCUGGCUCUCGAGCCACACCAGAGAAGACAGUCCUUCCUCCUUCCAUUUCUCUUUUCCCCUUUCCCUUGACAGGUUAGUGAUCAUCGCCGUUCAUGGAUCAACCACCUUCCUCUGUGAAGCUCCUGGGCUCGUGGGCGGACUCCCACACCCACCGCGUCCAGCUCGCCCUCAAGCUCAAGGGCUUGGAGUUCGAGUACCAGGAGGAGGACUUCAUCAACCCCAGCCCCGCCCUCCUCCUCCACAACCCCGUCUACAAGAAGGUCCCCGCCCUCCUCCACGGUGGCCGCUCCAUCGUCGAGUCCGUCGUCAUCCUCCAGUACAUCGACGAGACCUGGACCGACAACCCCAUCAUGCCCGCCGACCCCUUCGAGCGCGCCGUCACCCGCUUCUGGUGCCACUUCACCGACGAUAAGCUUGCCCCAGCGGUGGGCUUGGUGUUUUCGUCGUCGGGCGAAGGCCAGAAGGCGGCCGUCGACCAAGUCCACGAGAACCUGAAGCUGCUGGAGCGCGAGCUAAAAGACGGAGCUUUCAAAGGGAGGAGGUUCUUCGGCGGCGACAAGAUCGGCUUGCUCGACAUCGUCCUCGGGUGCGGCUCCUACUGGCUGGCCGUCUUCGAGGAAGUCAUGGAGGUGAAGCUCAUCGACCCUGAAUCCUUCCCCGUCUUCCAUGCAUGGCUGCGAGACUUCGAGGAGCAACAGGAGGUGAAGGAGACGAUCCCGGCCAUCGACAGGCUGCUCGAGUACGCCAGAGGCAUUCGGCAAAUGAUGCUGAGCCUCAGCAACAGCAGCAGCAGCAGUAGCAUCAACAAUGCCGCUGCUAGCAGUGGCUGAAGACUUUGGCCUUUCUCUAGGGUUAAGGUGUAUGCAGUGAGGUGGUUCAGUAGGUCUCAGAGUGCUUCCACUGCUCGUUGCACUGUAAUCAUCGUUUCUCGUGUUGAGUCAUGUGAUCAGAUGUUCUAAAUCUGCAUGGUAGUAAUGAAGAGGUCAAGUUUUCUGAUGUCA